AUUUACAAUUUCUACUUUGGAAACUUUAACGUUUUGCACCCAAACUAAAAAGGGUAAAAGAAUUGAAUUGGCAGAUUGAGACAAAAUUGGAUUCAGAAUUUAGCAAAUUUGAACCGAUCGUAUGGUAAUUCAAUCCAUUACCCACCUUUCACCAAAACUUGCAUUGCCAUCGCCAUUGUCAGUUUCCACCAAGAACUACCCAGUAGCUGUAAUGGGCAACAUUUCUGAGCGGGAUGAACCCACUUCUGCUAAAAGGGUUGCUGUUGUUGGUGCUGGAGUUAGUGGACUUGCUGCUGCAUAUAAGCUAAAAUCCCAUGGUUUGAGUGUGACAUUGUUUGAAGCUGAUUCUAGAGCUGGAGGCAAACUUAAAACUGUUAAAAAAGAUGGUUUUAUUUGGGAUGAGGGGGCAAAUACUAUGACAGAAAGUGAGGCAGAGGUCUCGAGUUUGAUCGAUGAUCUUGGGCUUCGUGAGAAGCAACAGUUGCCAAUUUCACAAAAUAAAAGGUACAUAGCUAGAGAUGGUCUUCCGGUGCUACUACCUUCAAAUCCAGCUGCACUGCUCACGAGCAAUAUCCUUUCAGCAAAAUCAAAGCUGCAAAGUAUGUUGGAACCAUUUCUCUGGAGAAAACGCAAUGCUACUGAGCUUUCUGAUGAGCAUGUUCAGGAAAGUGUUGGUGAAUUUUUUGAGCGACAUUUUGGGAAAGAGUUUGUUGAUUAUGUUAUUGACCCUUUUGUUGCGGGUACAUGUGGUGGAGAUCCUCAAUCGCUAUCUAUGCACCAUACAUUUCCAGAAGUAUGGAAUAUUGAAAAAAGGUUUGGCUCUGUGUUUGCUGGACUAAUUCAAUCAACAUUGUUAUCUAAGAAGGAAAAGGGUGGAGGAGAAAAUGCUUCUAUCAAGAAGCCUCGUGUACGUGGUUCAUUUUCAUUCCAAGGUGGAAUGCAGACACUUGUUGACACAAUGUGCAAACAGCUUGGUGAAGAUGAACUCAAACUCCAGUGUGAGGUGCUGUCCUUGUCAUACAACCAGAAGGGGAUCCCUGCAUUAGGGAAUUGGUCAGUCUCUUCUAUGUCAAAGAAUACCAGUGAAGAUCAAUCUUAUGAUGCUGUGGUUGUCACUGCUCCAAUUCGCAAUGUCAAAGAAAUGAAGAUUAUGAAAUUUGGAAAUCCAUUUUCACUUGACUUUAUUCCAGAGGUGAGUUACGUACCCCUCUCUGUUAUGAUUACUGCAUUCAAGAAGGAUAAAGUGAAGAGACCACUCGAGGGCUUUGGAGUUCUUAUCCCCUCUAAAGAACAACAUAAUGGACUGAAGACUCUUGGUACUUUAUUUUCCUCCAUGAUGUUUCCUGAUCGUGCUCCAUCUGACAUGUGUCUCUUUACUACAUUUGUCGGAGGAAGCCGAAAUAGAAAACUUGCCAACGCUUCAACGGAUGAAUUGAAGCAAAUAGUUUCUUCUGACCUUCAGCAGCUGUUGGGCACUGAGGACGAACCUUCAUUUGUCAAUCAUCUCUUUUGGAGCAAUGCAUUCCCGUUGUAUGGACACAAUUACGAUUCUGUUUUGAGAGCCAUAGACAAGAUGGAAAAGGAUCUUCCUGGAUUUUUUUAUGCAGGUAACCAUAAGGGUGGACUUUCAGUAGGAAAAGCGAUGGCCUCCGGAUGCAAGGCUGCGGAUCUUGUAAUAUCCUAUCUGGACUCUCAUAUAUAUGUGAAGAUGAAUGAGAAGACCGCAUAAUUCUUUUCUGGGAUUUGUUCACUGUAACCAAGCGUGUGAAGCCCCUGAUUUUGCGUCUGUAUAUCCUAUGAUAUAUCGCUGGAUUGAUCACGAUUGUAGUCACAUUUAGGAGUUGUGCAGCGACUUUUCUGCUAAAGACUGGAUCUGUAAGAAACAAAUAGUCUAUAGAUAGUUUCUUUGUUCAUCAGGCUAUCUUUCUUACACCUGUUUGUGUAUACACGGAAUAAAAGAAUUCAAAAUUUUGCUAUAUACUCAAAUUUUUGGUGCCUCA